UCCCGAUUGCUUUUCGGCUGGCUCUUUUGCAAUCUCAUUUCUCCUUCUCCUCUAAAGGAAACACAUUCAAUCAAUUACACACACACAAUCACACAGUAUCUCAUUCUGGCAGGGAAAUCCUGACGCAUAUUCCAACCUCCGAUCAAUUCAAUGCCACCCCAUCAUCCACCGCUCCAAUGAACCCCAAUCCUCCACCCCCCGCAUCCUCCUCCACCACAACGACAACACCACCAACAACAACAAGCACCACCACCCCAAACCUAACAAAUACCCCCCUCCGCUACGUCCGCUACGAUGGCGCCCGCGAAGACGAAUACGUCCCCGCGAUGCGGCAACUAAUCUCGAAAGACCUGUCGGAGCCCUACAGCAUCUACGUGUACCGAUACUUCCUAUACCAAUGGGGGGAGCUGUGCUUCAUGGCGAUGGACGAUGACCACACGUCCCCAGAAGAAGCUACCCCGCGCAUGGUCGGUGUCGUGGUCUCGAAGCUGGAGCCCCACCGCGGCGGGCCUCUGCGCGGGUACAUCGCCAUGCUGGCCGUGAAGGAGGAGUACCGGGGCCGCGGCAUCGCGACCAAGCUUGCGCGGAUGGCGAUCGAUGCGAUGAUUGAGCGGGAUGCGGAUGAGAUCGUCCUCGAAACCGAAAUCACGAAUACAGCAGCCAUAAAACUCUAUGAACGGCUGGGGUUCCUGCGCAGCAAGCGGCUACAUCGGUACUAUCUGAACGGCAACUCCGCCUAUCGGCUCGUGCUAUACCUCAAGGAAGGCGUGGGAUCGAUGCGCACCGCCGGGGCGCUGGAUCCUUAUUACGCUGCCGGUGUUGCGCCCCUUCCAUCCGGCGGCGAUCCUUACGGUGUGGCGGAGAUGACGGGCGCGCUGGCGGCGCCGGAACCGGCCUUGCUACAUGAGAAUGGUAGUGGAGGGUGGUGACGCGAAUCCGAAAAGGAAAUAGAAAGAAUACAGAUGGGGAUGGAAGAAGCGGCCAUCAGUUGAGGUGGUAGGGAAGGAUCUCUUGUCCCCUCGCUUUCCUUUUGGAAACCUCCAUAUUGGACAUAUUAGAACGACCUACCUUUCUAUUUCCCCAUGACUGACUAAUGAUUAUUUGUAUGUAUGUGAUGAAUGAGUGAUGUGCUUUGCUUGAAUAUCGGUUGUUAAUGGGCGGUAGAGAGGGAAGAGGGGCCUACAGCAAUCUUGCAGCAUCAGUGGGAUCUGGAUUGCGCUUUGUUAUUAGAUCUGAUCUUCAUUUCAAUAUGACUACCC